AUGACCACCAACAACGCCGCCGUUUCCCCUCUCUCCAAGCAGCUUGCCCGCUUCAAGGAAAUCCAGGUCGGAGGCGCCCAGUACCUUGACCGUCUCACCUCUGGUGACCGCGAGGCCAUCCCCCUCCUGGUCCAGGUCGGCAAGUUGAUCGAUUCCAUCUACAUCCGCCAGCACUGGUCGGGCAACGAGGCCCUUCACGCCCACAUCUUGGGCAUGGACCCCCGCGACACCAAGCUCGAGUUGGGUCUGGAGUUGUUCAAGGGUCCCUGGGGUCUGGACGAGGAAAAGUUCAUCAAGUCGAUCAAGGAGGAGGACAAGGACGGCCAUGUCCACGAGAAGAUCCAUAUCCCUCACGAGCCCCCACAGCACGGAAACUACUACCCUGACGACAUCAAGAAGCAGGAGUACCUGGACUGGGUUGCCAGCUUGGAGGGCCAGGACAGGAUUAACGCCGAGAGCUACUACCACGUUGUCAAGAGAGAUGCCAAGACUGGACAGUUGUACGCUGUUCCUUAUUCGGAGGAGUACAAGGACUUCCUCGUCCCUGCUUCCGAGUUGAUGACCCAGGCUGCCCGUCUUGUCAGCGACCAGUCUUUGGCCAAGUUCUUGAAGUCCCGGGCUGAUGCCUUUAUCAGCAACGACUAUGUCCAGUCCGAUGUUGACUGGUUGAGAAUCAGCAAGGAGUCUGCCCUCGAUGUCACCGCCGGACCUUACGAGAACUACACGGACAAGAUGUUCUCGAUCCGCGCUGCCUACGAGUUCUACUUGCACGCCCGUGAUUUCGCCUCGUCGGAUAUCUUGGCCAAGUUCUCGAGCCGUCUUCAAGAUAUGGAGGACCAGUUGCCCGUCGAUGAACUCUACAAGGCCAAGGGUCUCCACCCUCCUGCCAUUGUCACUGUCAACCAGCUCUACUCUGGCGGAGACGUUGCUGUCCCCAUGACGGCCGCCUACAACUUGCCCAACGACGAGGCACCCAUCAAAAUUGCUGGCUCCAAGUUGGUGAUCAUCAAGAACGUCCAGGAGGGCAAGUUCCAGAGCGUCCUUUUGCCCAUUGCCCGCCAGGUCUUGGAUGCUGAGCAGGUCGAGAAGGUUGAAUUUGAGGCCUUCUUCCAACACGUCUUGAUGCACGAGGUUGCUCACUCUCUUGGACCUCAUUUCUUAGUCCAUGACAAGGAGAAGAAGGUCCGUACUGCCUUGGAGGAGUACCACUCUGCCAUGGAGGAGGCCAAGGCUGACAUUGUCGGCCUCUACGCUGUCGGAUUGUUGCUCAAGGAUGGAACUCUCUCCGGCGGACCCGACGCCGCAUCUUUCUACAUGACCUACCUCGCCUCUGCCUUCCGCUCUAUCCGUUUCGGUAUCACUGAGGCCCACGGUUUGGGCCAGGCCAUGCAAUUUGAGUACUUGAAGGAGCAGGGCGGAUUCGCUUACGAUAGCGAGACCAAGAAGUUCCGUGUUGUGAUGGACAAAAUUGAGGAGGCCGUCAAGUCCUUGACCACCCGGAUCUUGGUCCUUCAGGGCGACGGUGAUAAGCAGAAGGUCAAGGAGUUUGUGGACCGCUAUGGAAUUAUCUCUCCUGAGGUCAAGCAUGCUUUGAGCACUCUUGAAUACUUGGGUGUCCCUGUUGAUGUUUACCCUCGUUACCGCAUCCUCAAGGACGGUACUCUGUAA